AUGGCAAGAACCUGGGGUACCACUGCACGUGGUCUACCUUAUGUCGAGGAAGCUAUUACCCCUGCUGGAAACUGGCUGAUCGGUGGUGAUUUAGAAGUAAUGGAACCCAUCAAGUACAAUGAUGGUCUUGAUCGCUUCCGGCUUUCCCCUUCACAACUCCGUGACGAGUUUCUGAGACGCAACACAGAUGCUGUGUUUGCUUUCCAGCUCAGAAAUCCCGUGCACAAUGGCCAUGCUCUAUUGAUGACCGACACACGCCGUCGGCUUUUGGAGAUGGGAUAUAAGAAUCCUGUCCUCUUGCUUCAUCCAUUGGGAGGUUAUACAAAAGCAGAUGAUGUACCACUUAGUUGGCGAAUGAAGCAACAUGAGAAG